CGCGUGCAGCGGGGCGGGGUCCGGCCAUCCGAUCCGCCCGCGGCCGGAAGCCCCCGGCGCUCUCAGGUGCAGUCUUGCUCCGGCUGGGCUGUGAGGACGUGCACCCAGCAGCCCUUCCUGCCUUUGCCUCCGCCACAGUUUCCACAUCCGAGAUGGAAACGCGGACUCCUGCUCUCUGAGUGCCUGACGUGGCGUCUGGAGAGUCCUGCUCAAGUAGAAACGCUGGAGGGAAAGCGUAGCUUGAAGUCAAUGGCCCAAAAUGACUCUGCUAGUGGAGACUCACUUCCGUAAGGAGGAAGACCAGGUCAGAGGCUGGGAUGAGCAUGCCACUGCACCAGAUCUCUGCCAUCCCUUCUCAGGACGCCACUGCCGCUAGAGUCUACAGAAGCAAGACCAAAGAUAAGGAGCGGGAGCAGAAUGAGAAGACAUUGGGACAUUCCAUGAGUCAUUCAAGCAACAUUUCUAAGGCUGGGAGUAGUCCUCCAUCCACGACGGCUCCAGUGUCUUCCUUCUCUCGCGCUUCUGUUACACCAUCCAACCAGGACAUCUGCAGUUCCAGUGCAGUGUUUUCUGAGUGUUGUUACUACAGUCCCAUGCAGUCUGCUGUUGUCUUGAAAGCUCCUCCAUGCCAGAGUUCUCUGACACAAGGGCUCACUGUGACAGUUAUCUGUAAAGACACAUUACAGGCAUCCAAGAGAAAUCCCUUUGGUUCAGACUGGGACCAAGCGUUGAGGCCUGCUAAGAAUACUAAGGCCAGAAGAGCACUCAGAUUCUCAAAGUCACUAAGUGAUGUGGGUGAGAAGACCCAGGAUACUUUGGAAAGCUUUGACUAUAUGGAAAGAACUUGUUCUGAAGGGAAACUGGUACUUCCUCAAGGUCCAUCUCUCAAAAAGAACAGGCUCCAUCAGAAAGAAAAAAGAGCAGAACACUGCCCACCCCUCGACCAUUCCAAACACUCUUGUGUCUUACCCCUCUCUACCAACCAUUCAGCUGCCUCAAAGAGGGAAGUUGGCAAGGGGAGCUUACGCAUCCCACUUUUGGAGGAGAAAGUUGAUGGUGAGACCAGGUUGAGAAGCCAGCGACUGCUCCGGUACCUGUUCUCACUCUCCCGUGGCUCAAGUGCCAGCAGCCUGCAUAGGUUCCAUGAGCUGGAGAGCCAUGCCAGCCAUCUACAUACUGCCAAGUCCUCCAGCUGGCUGGCAGGGAGCACAGACUUCUGUUCUGAUGAAAUGGGAGAUGACGAUGUCUUUGAGGAUACAUCAUCUGCCAAACUGAAGAGCAGGGUCCUGCGUGCGCCACUCUGCUCAGUAGAGAAGGACAGUGACCUGGAUUGUCCUUCUCCGCUCUCUGAAAAAUGCACCCCUAUCUCUCCUGUGUCCACCUCAGGGGAUGCCUGCAGGAUCUGCCACUGUGAAGGCGAUGAUGAGAACCCUCUGAUCACCCCCUGCCACUGUACAGGAAGCCUCCAUUUUGUGCAUCAGGCUUGCCUGCAGCAGUGGAUCAAGAGUUCGGAUACACGCUGCUGUGAACUCUGCAAGUACGAGUUCAUCAUGGAGACCAAGCUGAAACCGUUGAGGAAAGUUAAUGAGCUCCUAGAGGGAUGGCACUGGCAGAGGCUGCUUGUACCAGGAACUCUUGAGCAUCGAUUCCAAGCUGUUGCUGCCAAAGUAGCAGAGGACCAAAGAUGGGAGAAGUUGCAGAUGACUGCCAGUGAGCGCAGGAAGAUCAUGUGCUCAGUGACGUUCCAUGUCAUUGCUAUCACCUGUGUGGUCUGGUCCUUGUAUGUGCUCAUUGACCGAACCGCAGAGGAAAUCAAGCAGGGUCAGGUGACAGGGAUCCUAGAGUGGCCUUUCUGGACUAAACUGGUAGUUGUGGCCAUUGGCUUCACUGGAGGACUUCUUUUUAUGUAUGUUCAGUGCAAGGUGUACCUACAGUUAUGGAAAAGACUCAAGGCUUAUAACAGAGUGAUCUAUGUUCAAAACUGUCCAGAAACAAGUAAAAAGAAUAUUUUUGAAAAGUCUGCACUAACCGAGCCCACCCUUGAAAAUAAAGAAGGACAUGGAAUGUGUCAUUCCACCACAAAUUCUUCUUGCACAGAGCCUGAAGACACUGGAGCAGAGAUUAUUAACGUCUGAUGGUGUGGAGGGUGUCAUCCCCCUGUCCACAAAGAGCUGAAGGAGUUUGUUGACUGCCAACUGUGUUCCUUCCUUCUGUUGUUGAAUAGCAGAGACUGGGCAGGCGACUAUUAGAGUGGCCUCUCUUUUCCUCAACCCUCCUUGGUGUGGAUAUCCUAGAAUUCCUGUGGAGCAACUGCCGCUGGGUCCCAUUCCGCCAGGUCCUCUGUGGGCUGGGAAAGGGAGACCCCAGUAACCACGAUGAGGAGCUGGCUGAGUUCCAGCCCCUGGUCUUGAGCAGAAUAAGGAAGUCAAAAGCUAGACCAGGGACAGCAGCAUGGGGGAGACUGGUGGGGAGAGGCUCCCCAGAGGACAGAGCAUGGUACAGAGAGGCUACUGCUGGUGGGAGGGCUCCCUUCUCUCUGACGAGCUAGGAGGCGAGCAGGGAACAGUGCCCGCACACACAGACCCCUGCCUCCUCAGCUGAUGCUGCCACAUCGCUCUGGGGCAGGCAGAUAAGGCCUCGGGGCCCUGUGUCCGCUGGGGUGUGACUCACUGAGCAAACAGCACUUUAUGAAAGUUUUUAUUGUGGAAUUCCUGUGUCUAGUGGGUGUGGCACUGAAAAGAGUGUCACAUUUAGGCAUGUUCUCUUUAAUGCCCCGUUUUCUCUUUGCAUCAAAAUAGAUUUGAAACCAUUUCUGCCUUAUAUAUUCUGAAUAGUAGGAUGUCCUUUCCAUGUCCAAAAAAGACUGGUGACUUCAGGCAAGACAGACAGGUCUGAGACAUUUUUCCUUACCAGAGUCCAUGGGAGUCCGUGGAUGCUAAGGACGUACUCUGUGUCUUUGAGCCUGUUACCUCACAAGCCCACCCAUACCAUUUCUGUUGUGUCCAUAUUGAAACGGGAGGGUUUUGAGAGCUAAUGGAUCUGACUCAGGCUGAGUAGUUAGGAAAUGUUCCUUUGACUGACAGAAGUCUCCAGAUGGAGUGGACACACACUGUGGAUACCCCUGUGACCCACCUCUGCUUCCCACUGUGCUGAGGGCUGGGAGGUCAACAGGCCAGCUCUGGGAUGAGGCCUUGGCAUGAGCAGUCAACUGCCAUGGGCCACUGCGUCACUGAGCUGGCCCACAUCCACUCAUUGCCUUAACUAGACCUGACAUCAUUUAGGGUCCUUAGCUCCACAUGUGAUCCAUUCUGUCUUUGGGGUUACCUCCUACACCGUUUUUUCUCAAGACAGACAAAGCCAAAUCACCACCACUAAAUGGCCUUUGUCCCAUUAAAAAGUCUGCUGAACAUUUUUUUUUUUCUUGAAGGCCAUUGUCACAGUGCCAGGCAAUAGUCAACUCACAAUGUGACAAGAGGGACCCCAGAAGUGUACUCUCCCAAGAGCUGCUGUUGGUAACAGGGGCUUCAGAGCCUCCUGAGGGGGGAAGGGCAGUGCCUGGGGUCCUGAGCUUUGCUGCUUUACCUCUCUUCUUCAGAGACUGAAGAAACUGAAGAUGAAUCUUCUGUGGUUCCUAGUAGAAGCCCUGUGUUUGAUUUGCAGAGGCAAGUGGAGGCUGGGAGGCUGUGGGAGUGGGUUUUGUCCUGUUAGCACCUUGUCUGCUCUCUAGGGUCGUGGGGUUCAGUCGUGGAGCUGUUUCGCCAGGGAUUUUAGCCAUUAUCCAGUCAGCCACCCCUUAGGUUAGCCUGCUCUUUCUCCCUGACCACAUAAGCCUCCCUGGGCUCACUGUGCCCCAAAGUGCAAUUACUCACACACCUCCUCAGGCUGGGGACACCGGUACUAUAGACGGUCUGUCCAUCAGGGAGUCCUGACUAUACCGUUUGCAGCUGCUACAGCUGAGUCCCCGGUCUUGUCCAUCUGUCCCUGGUGAGAUGCUCCAACAGUGGGUGGGCAGUCACGUGAAAAUGGAGAUUGUUUUAAGUAUGAAGUCCCAACCAGCCGCUGAGGCUUCUGUAGAGAGGGGAGUGUACCUCAUUGGGGGUAGUCCUGCACAGCUGUCCCAGGGGCCUUGUACCCCACAGAUAAGGUGACCAUGGCUUUCAUGUUGUUCUCUCCACCUCAGGAAGGCCUAACUCCAUCUCUUCUCUGGCUACUCGGAUGAAAUCUGUCGUUCAUCCUUCUUCCCCUCCCAGAUACCCCUUGCUCAUUUUCCGUACAGGUCCUCUGAUCUAGCAAACAGCUGUACCUGUUGGUGACUCAGCGCAGGAGACCGGCAAGGCAUGUGCUGUGAAGCAUGAUGGCAGGGCUCUGGGUCUGCCUAGGCCUUGCCUGGUGGCCUUCUGAAUACUUUUGCAGGGUUAUCUGUCUCUUCCAUUUCUCCUCAGUUUGAGCCUGGAUGUAGUGGGAAGAUGGCGUAUGACUGAACCAAGCAGAUCUAGGGUGACGCCUCAGGGCCAGGAGGGCUUAAAAGCUUGUGUGUCAAAUACAGAAGAAGGAAAUAGUCUCAGGGUGUCACAGUCAGCCCUAACCUGGCCUUUGCCCCAUAUAUCAUGGACCCAUUGGCACACCUUUGACUUCAGCUGCCACAAAUAAAUAGGUGGGGUUAUGCCCAAGUUUAUUGCAAGAAUUUCCUGGAAAUGUUGUAAAGUUUUCUCCUUACUCCAGGUCUCUCUCUUUCUCCUUUCUGGCUUUAGCACACUCUUUAGUCAUGUAGGCCUAGUUUCCAAACCUGUGGGUGUCUCCACCUGGACCCAGAUGUGCAGACCUCAGGCAGUGGGGGAGGGAACAGUUCAAGGCCUUGGGUGGUGUCUAAAAGACGGGAGGCCAAAGACUGGAUGGGCAGGGUGAAGAGCUCUAAUCUUGUGGGUGUGGUUAGAUGCACAUGCAUAUUUGAAAUGCCACCCCAUCAAAUCUGGUUUGAAAUAAUACAGCUUGUAUCUGUAGCCCAGGAAAAGCCCAAAGCAUAGGGAGAUGGGGCAUUUGUCUUUGUGUGGAAGUGAUUGAUGAAGGUGUGUAACUGGUGCACAUUUAGAUGCAAUGUUUAAAGUUGAUUGUUAAUAAAAACCAAAUUUACACUGGUGUGUGUAGUGUAGUUUCUAAAAAGCACUUCACAUUUUAAAUUUUUCUUGGACAAUUUCUAGUAAUCUAAAUGUCUAAUUUUUUAAUCCUUUUGUGUGUGUUCACUGUUUCUCAGUAUUACCGCUUGAAUGAUUCUCUGUACAGGGGAUUCGUUUGUGCUGUACAUGGGGUGUCUAAAGGUAGCAAUAAAGCUUUUCUUUACAAAGGAA